AUGUGCACCAAUUGGGAUGCCUCCGAAGACCGCGUGGGUCGUCGACUCGUUCGUUUUCACAAGGUCCAAGACGGUUGCAAACUCAUUCUUUCCUGCGAAGCUAUCCGCCAGGAUGACUACCGCGACACAUACACCGUCAUUUCCUGUAUUUUCAGGGAUGAAAACCGCCAAUACUAUGUCACCAGCGUGGAUAUAAUUUAUCUGCUCGAGAGGCUCACCAACGAUGACUUCCCUGUCGAGGAGAAAAACCGCAUAAGGCGCAAUUUGGAGGGGUUGAGGCCGAUAACCGUCAGAAAAUAUAAACAUGGUUUAGACACCUUCUUCCAGCGCAUCAUGGAGUUCCCUGAUCCCAAGCCCCGGAAUAUUGAGAAAGACCUCAAAGUGUUUGAGUGGUCGCUUCUUGGACAGGCGCUUGACAAUGUCCUGUCUAAAUAUGUAAGCUAUUCUCUCACGUCGUCUUUCUCUUUGAAU